UGACUAAGUUGUAUGUGUAACUGUUAAUCUCCUCCCCCAUCCUCCUCCUCAGCAUCUCUCUCUCUCUCUCUCUCUCUCUCUCAUUAAUUACUCAAUAUCUUUUUGCAGUAUUUUAAGAUUCAAUUUGCUGAGUCAACGAUUUCUCUAUUUGGAUCUCUGAGCAAACAAUCAGAUCUUUUCAAACUCUGCCCUUCUUGAGCUCUCACUAUAACUUGGAUAUAUAGUGCUGAGGUUUGCAGUUUUGGGGAUUUCAUUCGUAGAACAAUAUGCGGUGGUCGAGUCAAUCAAUUGAUGUGUUUCGUAAAGCUAUCUCCUUGAACUUAUAUUGUAGGGUUAUUUUAUAAAUCGCUAUCCAUUCCGCCGAACCCUAAUUUUUGCUUCCAGUCACUGAUUUCUGCAAGUCCAUGGGAUCCAAUCACUUUUGUUUCAACCCUUCUCAUAUCCGUAGGAUUAGCUGAUUGAGAAAAAGGAAGAAAAAAAAAAAACAGCUAAACAACUUCAAGUUCGCAGUCCCUUUUUUAGUUUCUCUUCAAUUUGACAACAUUUCACAUUCCUAACUUGCUAUUGAUUUAUAUCUCUAGUGUGGUCCCAUUUUUUCUCUAUUUUCUGCUAUAUCUUUCCCUUAGACUUCAAGCUUUAAUCAAGGGUAGAAAGAAGUUAUGGUGUGCCAAGCAGCGAGCCAAACGAGAUUUCGGGCAUUAAAACAUGAGAGUGGGAUUGCAGGAAGAGCAACUAUUAUAGUUAGAGUCAUAGCAUGCUUUCAACCUUUGCAAGAUUGUCAGGCCGAGUACUUCCGUCACUUGCUUAAACCUGUCACGUAGAUCGAUUCCCCGUUUGCAUCGUCUUCACAUCGAGCUGGGAAUUUUUUUUUCUGUUUUUCCUUUUUCGUUUCUCAUUCCAGAAAGUGAUUGCAUAUUACAGAUAUAAGUACAUCUAUAUUCUGUUGACUUGCUUUGGCUGGAUGGUUAAGCCCAAAGACUCUUGGCUAUUUCCGCAGCAUUCUGCUCGUCAAUUGCCCCGAUUGAAUUGCACCAGCACGCUGUUACAGCAAGGGCAACAAAAUGUUUUUCCGUCUUCUAUGAACCAUUGUACAGUUUCUACGGAUGUGGCUUUUCCAGGGUUCAGAGUUCCUGGAUUACAUGGUUCAGGGAAAGGCCAAACGAAUGCAGCUCAUGGGUUGUUUCACUGUUUGCCUACUCACUUAGAUUGCUUGCCUUACACUUCAAGCCCAUAUGUCAAAAAGGAGCCAAAUGUUGUAUCUGGGCCUACACAGAGAAGGUUCAUCAUCUUUGAUCAGUCCAGGAAUCAGACAAGAUUGUUUUUGAGUCCAAUUCGCCCUCCUGCCCAGAACAGUAUUGUUGCGCCAACAAAAUUUCUUGAUGCUUGUGAUAUGGGUGGCAAAGGACAGCCAGAUAAAAUGGUGCAAAAUUUUCCAACCAAGCCCGCCAUUCAAGAAAAAUCCAAUGAGAUUCAAAUAAUUGGGGAGGGAAGCGAAAUGCAUGAAGACACAGAAGAAAUCAAUGCCUUGCUUUAUUCAGAUGACGAUGGUGGUGAUAGUGAGGAAGAUGAAGUAACAAGCACGGAUCGUUCUCCAUUCACUAUUAAAGGAGGGAGUUAUAAGAAACGCGAACACAUGGAGGACACAACAGCCGAAGAUGCUAGUUCAGAUGGUGUUAGGAAAAGGCAAAAAUUGAUUGAUGGUGGGUACAAGAAAUCAUCAUUAAUGGACACAGUGAGUUCAGCAAAACCGGAGUAUGAAGAUGAUGCAGAAGGCAGGACUCAAGGAGAGGAUUUGGAUUCCAUUAUAGGCACCGAGCAGUCAAGUAAGGAUAAGAUCCGUGAAACAGUGAAAUUUCUCGAAUGCCUCAUUCCGAGCGUAAAGAGCAAAGACCCGUUGUCAGUCAUCGAAGAAGCUAUUAGUUACUUGAAGUAUUUGAAGGUCGAAGCCAAAGCUUUAGGAGUUAGCUAGUAGUAAGUGAAAUGAUUCAUGGAUUUGAAAACUCUAUAGUGGUGGCUUUGGUGAGGCUUUUGUGAAGCUCUUUUUCUUUCUUUAGAGGAGUGAAUAUGAUGAACCAAUAAAGGAAAGUCUUAAUGGGAUGAUGGAUUUGAACUUUACUUGGAGAGGUGAAGAUGAUGUGGGGGAGUUAUAAUUGUUGACCAGAAUGAUUAUUUUUAAAGCUUUUUUUGUGGGGUUUUCAAAGAAAAGUCAGAUUUGAAGGCAUGGUUAUGUUGGUGGUGUGAGCUGUGCUGUAAAAUGAGGAACCUUUUUCCUGGAAUUGUUGAGAGCCCCCCAUGGAUUGAGUGCAUGCGCGUUAGGUAAUUUUGGGUCCCACCCUCCACCCCUCUUUGUUUCUUCUUGAUUUUAUGCUUUUGUCAUUUGGUACCCAUACUCGAAAAGUUAUCAGAAAAUGAAGUAUGUGGUGUUGAUUCAAAUUUAGUGUGAAGUGGGUUAUGCCAGAUUGAAUCUGGUCCACAUGCUUUAUUUUCUGGUGAUUUUUCGGGUAAUUUGUUUUGGACUCCUUCGGUAAUUUGGGUUCCACCCUCCACCGCUCUCUGCUUCUUGAUUUUCUGCUCUUGUUAUUUGGUACCCGAAAAAGUAGUCUGAAAAAUUAUCAGAAAAAAAAUUGUGGCAUAGAUUCAUACUUGAUGAUGUGGGCUAUACCUAGAAUGAAUCUAAUACCUCACUCUCACCAUUUCUCUCUCUAUCGUUAAAGCGUGAAGGCCCAUCUAUGAUCAAAUCUUGUCGUAAAGGUUGCUUUGUUUCCAUGUGAACUUGGUGGUUGUACAGUGGGGUUGUGUGAUUUUGUUGGGAGUGUUUGUAGAAUGAUUAUGGACCUUUGUGUGUUCUAAUGGCUAUUAUGAGGUAGUGGGCAGUUCCAGUGUUCGAGGCUCUACUACUAUGAGAUCUGAGAAGAAUAAAAUCAUAUGAGAGGCUGUUUCAGUGAUUUGAGCGCAUGAUGCUCAAGUCAUUAUGGAACUACUUUACCGUUGUUUUUGUGUAUUGUGUGCUAAUAAAUAUUCCCAGAGUGGAUUUGAAUGUAAUUUACUUUAUGUUAUUUUGAAUGGUGCUGUUUGUUUGAUUGUUGGCCUUUCCAUGCAUUGCAUGUUUGUGUUCUUAUUGGCCCAAAAAAAAAAAAAAAAAAAA